CCGCUCCCUCCGGCGCGGCGGCGUUGGUUGCAAACUGGAAAGGUGCCACACACCUGUGGACUUCCUCUUCGUAACGCGAGCCAGCCGCAGCGACCUGUGGCUUCGUUUUUUCGCCGCCGACAACGCUCAUCAGACAGCUCGAUCACGGCGCACUGCGCGCGCUCAUUUCGUGCGGCGUCCAGAUGACACGGCCGUCGGCAGCGGUGCCGUGGUGGUGGUGCCGUCGCCCUACGGUCAACGCCGGGUGCUCCAGCGCGGUAGCCGCCACCGGCGAGUGUUGUUCCUCUUCCUGAAGAGCGCAGCAGCAGCCAGCCCCCGCGGCGAGCACCGGUCCGUCGCGGCAGCGGUGGGAAAGGCGAGAUGCAGCAGCGGCCGUGGUGGGGCCAUCGCGAAGGCCGUGAACCGUCCUGGCAGCCAAAGGAUGUGCGCAGCCCUGAAACAGCGACGGCGACGAUAUCGUGCGGUUGUGCGUGAUGUGCGAAACGCGCCGACUACCACUGCGCGGGGCUUGGGAAAUGUAGGCCGCCGCCGACGCUCGCGGUGCUCCAUCUCCGACCCAGCCUCACGUUGUCGCAUGGUUUUGAGUCCCGUGCAUUGAUGGUUCCGUCACCGGAUCUGCGCCAGGAAGCAUGGCCAUUGUGAAUUCCGCCGGAUGCUGCGAGCUCUUCGCUGCCGGCGUCUGCAUCGGUGUUUAUACCAUGAUUGUCUACCUGGGCGCCUUCAUAAUGGAACUUUGGUGGAUCAUAGAGAACAAUGUCCAGCUGCCCGUUCCGGCUUAUGUGCUGGCCGCCGGCUACUUCUCCAUCUUCCUGGUCUCCCUGUUCUUGCUGGCAGGUCUCUUCCUGAGGAAAUCCAACUACCUGCUCGGCUGGCUGUUCGUGUCCGUGCUGUUCUUCUUUCCCGAGUGUGGACUGGCGCUCUUCAUGAGUCUGCAGUACUGGAAACUGGACAGCAAGGGCAUCGCGGAGCUGGCCUUCUACAUCGUCCGCGCAGUGGUGAACGUGGUGUGCAUCGUGUGCGUGCAGUCGCUGUACACGCAGUGGAAGCAGGAGAAAGCCGUCAUGCGUCGCCUGCAGAACCUGAACGUGGUCACCUCGUACCGGGACCUGGUGCCCAGCAAGAGCAACGGCUCGGCGGGUCCCAGCGGCUCCGCGAGCAACGGCGUGGCCAGCGGCAGCGCGAGCCCGGGCAUCCAUCGCGCCAACGGCAACGCCGGCGGAGGCUCCCUCUCCUCGAGGACCCGGUACGCGACGGCCGCCGACAGCGAGCCCACGUACAUCGUGGCGCACAACUCGGCGCUCAAGCGGAGCACCUCGUCCGUGUCCGGGAUCAUGGUACGCGCCGUGGGCGGCGGCGGGCAGCACCACCACCAGCAGGGCGUCUACAACGCCGCCUUCAACGGAAGCCUCAACGGCUGCGUGCUGGGACCCUCGGGCGUAGACUUCUACGCGCCCAACCCGGCCCUGUGGGCCGGUCCGAGUCCCAGGUCGGAGUUCGACGCCUCCUCGUUCGCCGACCUCGUAGCCCGCGGCGGCUUGCACGCCAAUGGCGGAGGAGGAGGAGGACUGCUCAACGGCUACCGCAGCAUGUCCCGCUCCACGUCGGAGCUGAACCGGGGAGAGCCCUGGACGACGAACGGUUCGGCCGGUGCGGCCGCUGUUUCGCAUUCGCCGGUGGCGAGCCCAGGGGGCCCCGUGGACUAUGCGACGCAGAGCCUCGACCGACCCAAGUUUCGGCGCCACGGCGGUCGCAACAACCGCUGGGAAGUGCUGGACGUACGGGGCUUCGGAGACGUCACCCUGGAGCGGCUCCCCGAGAGGCCCUUCCAGUACCUCAACAGGCCGGGCUCCGUGGUGCGCGGCAACGAGUCGGACACCAGCUCCAGUCACAGCAUCAGGGACAUCGCGCUGUGACGAGGACGGUGGUGAUGACGACUGGCCGAUAACCAAGCAUGCGUUCGUGCGCGUGCAGAGGCGCGUGGAUGUGUGUGUUUUGGCGGCGCCGGCUGCUCCAUCAGUGCGCAAUGCGCCUUGUUGCGCGUGUUGACCGUUGGGCGCCGCUCGAUGAGCUGCGGUGGCGCAGAACCUCGGCGUGUUCUGUGUCUUCAGGAAAUGUGGUGUGCACGGUGUCGUAUACGUGUGACAGCUGUUUCGCGGGGUCACAUCUGACUGUCAAGAUGUAGCCGCAACAGCGAAGCAUGCGCGUGCAUUCGACGAGCAUUAAGCAUGCGUGCCGUCACUUCCGCGAGGUAUAGUUUCGGAGUGUAUAUGCGAGCUUAUUCGAGUCAUCAUUGAGGAUAUGAACGGAAGCAAGUAACACGUACGCUCUUCCGCUUUCCCACGUGUUGUUCGCUCAACUUCGAGUGGCAUGUUAUAAAACAUCGCAACGUAAGGAAUACAUUCUCGCCUGGGACCACCUUACAAACCUCAAAGUGCUCUUUCCCGAAGCCGCGGUCAGCCUAUACGGCCGUGGCGCAGUCGCGUUCACUGCAGUGAGCUUGACGCCGUCAUCAGGAUGCGCUGGGCGACGGUGAUCUCCGCAUUUUAAGUGCCUGCUUCCAUGGCCUGGCGUUGGUGCAAAAACUUUAUCUAUAGAGAGACGCUUGCGAGCAAACAGGAAAGAAGGAAACAAAUUUUGUCUUUUUUUCACAUGCCCACACGCAGCUCAUUUUAUGCCAAACUUACACAAUUCCAUCCUCACAAGGAACCUGGUCCUGGCAGGGUUGCGAGAACAAUGGCUUUCGUCAAGGUGGAACCACUUGCGCAGCUAUAGUUUAACACCUUGCAAUAAAAAAUAGAUAAUUGAAUAAACGCUAUUUUUAUGGUUGCGCAUAUUGCGUUGCUUUCAUACAAUCAGCCAAUGCGUGCGGUUUUCAAGGUUUGUUAACCAUUGACGAGACCAGUGGCUUGUCAGUGACACGGUGUUGGUGCCGCUCAAAGAUAUAGUUAACUCAACAGCUCCAAAGUCGCUGCCAGCCUUAGGCAUUCAUUACUUGGUAUACAGUAUUUAGCUGGCUUGCCAGGCAAACGAUAGGAAGUUCUAGAAGUAGCAUCCUCAAGCAGCUUUGCGUAUACCCGAAAAUUCAAACAACUUUGUGCGCCUUUUGGGUUCCUUCAUAUUCCUCUUUGCAUUCUUUUGCGUACCUCGGCCGAUAGCGUCACACAACUUUGGGUCCAUUAUUUCUAAAAUUCUGCAAUUUGUGUACAUUUAGCGCCAAUGUGGGCCCGCUACAAUUCAAAGUCGUCCAUGCGCAUUUUCUCAAGUACCUGCAAACCCCGUGUUGCAUUUUUACCUCGACUCUAUAGAUAGCGGUGACUCAACACACACCCGUCUGAGAAGAGAAGCGCUAUGACGGGCUUAACGUAUUUUUCAGCAGGUGACCCAAGCGACACGUCUCUAGACCGAUUGGCCCGAGUGAAUAUCAGCGUAUGGGCCGACUACCUUAACGCUUCCAACGCUGCUUAACAAGAAAGGACUGACAAGCACGCGGCAUGCAUGUCGUGCCUGAAAAGUAAGGAUUUACUCCACUAGAUGGACAGGAUUAUAAGAGAUGCUGCUUCUUUAAUUCGCCAUUGUUGUGCUUGCAUGGUUGCCAACUGGCUGUAUAUAGAUACAUGGCUAGAUAUAGCGAUAGAGACACUACAGCGGCCUGCAGCUCAGCAACGAUAUUGCGUGCUCUAAAUACCGACAAGGGAGCCGUAUAUUCGUCGUAAGUUUGUUUCGAUGUCCCAUUAAUGCAAGCUCGCAGUGGCGCGCAGAUCCAUGAAAACAGCGCGCGUGUAGGGCAAGCCUUCUCCAAGAAUUUCACAUAAAUUGGCUUGCCAUGUCGUCGAAGUUUCGGUGUGCGUAUUGCCAGGAAAACACCUUAAAGGGGCACCAAAGAGAAUAGUUAGUUUAGCUGUAAUAAUAAAUUACCCUCCCACAAUAAACAAAAGAGCCACUCUUACCGUGAUAGGAGGCUUGCCAAGCCAGAACAGACGAAAAAACCAAAGAUGGGUGGCCGAACCCGCCUUGUAAGCUUCCGCAACAAUUUCGCCAUGACGUCACGGAUUUGGACGGCGUAGAUCUGCUUAGGCCUAGUUAAUUUUUUUUUAAUUAUUGAUAAAGACGGACAGCGUUGUAUUCUAAAGAAGCCAAGAGUCAACUUAGCUAGUUUACAGAACUUUUACUACACCCACAGCGGCCCAUAUACGAAUAUAUAAGCCGCGUUUACAUGAAUGCGACGGUAUGGCGCGCGACUCCUUUCUUCUUUUUUUUUUCAUAGCGGUUUUAUCGCAUAUACACUAUAUGCGACAGCGCUUACACGUGGCGCAUUGCCCUUCGUCCGAAACAAGCUGGAACGAGUUUCCGGUGACUUUGCGCUUUCCGCCUGUGACUGGAGGAGAGCCCCAUGGCAGCGGCAGCCGUCGCUCUCCCUGUGUGCGAUGCGCCAGCAUUUGCAUGCACCGCGGGCGAAACGAUUUCGCAGAUUGUACACCCUCUCCAGUCGCGUCAACGCGACUAGCCUACCUAGCGCAUUAGCGCCGCUUACAUGAAAAUGCGAUGCGCUAGAAAUUCAGUGUGACGUUUGCGCCACGUUACGCAUUCACUUAAACGCAGCUGUAUAUACUUUGAAAUCCGUGACGUCGCGCUUGGCGUAGCGGCGCAAAAAAAAAAAAAAAAUCAUAACAGUGAUAAUCUGAGUUUGAUUUUUGUUUUUCUUCUAGUGGUCCACCUCCUGCUGUGAAAUUAAAGAAAAUGUAGCGUUGAAA